CUAGUCAUCAGAGUGUUUUAGAUGUGUUAAGUGAUGUACUGGAGACUUUCUUGCAGAAGAUUUGUCACAAAAUUGUAGAUGCAGUUGAAGAUGAAGAUCGAGAACACACUUCUGGUUUUCCUAAUGUUAUUGAGAAAGUUCUUACAGAAAUAGGAAUGGGAGGUGUUAAAGGACUUAAUGAUUAUUAUCAGAAUCGGGUGGUGAAAUAUGUAAAUGUCCUCAAAAAGAGAUGCAAGGAACUGAAUGAUAAUUAUGCAGCUCUAUUAGUUCCUAAAAGUCCAUCAAAUUCGGAUAAACUCACCAAUGUUGUUAGAGUGAAAGUGGAAGAGGAUGAAGAUCUUAUUGAACUGGAUAAUCCAGAAGUCCACUUUGCAGCAUUUGAUGGGGAAACACCUUCAGUUUUGGAAACUGGAUUACAACUUUUGAAUAGCUUGGAAGCCGAAGAGAAUUUACAAACUCUAGAAGAUACCACAGAAGGAGAUAUAAGUUCAGCUUCUCCUGGUGUUUCGAUGCCACCUGAAUCUGAAGUUUGCAAUUUAUCUCCAUUCACGAAAAAGAAACGUUUCAAAUAAGUGUCUUACUUCGAUUCUUAUAAUAAGGAUAGAGAUGAAAACAAAUGAUUUAUGUGAUUUGGAAGAUUAUCCUAGGAAUAUCCAUUCAUCAAUAUUUUGAUCAUUAUUUUGAGUCAUUACAAUUCUCUCACAUUAGAAAAAUCUGUGAAAUAUGUGCUGUAGACCAUAUAACCUGUGAUAAAAGGUUGGAAAUUAAUUUGAUUCAUUCUGAAGUUCAGACUUAAUGUAAAAAUAAUAAUACAAUAUUGAAAUUUUUGACUGCAAUAAAUUCUUCAUAAAAAUG